CUCGCGCCACAGACUUCCGUCCUUCGCCCGCGCUUUCCGCCUUUUCUCUGAGCGCCCAUCGGCAAUGGAUGGCAACUCCCUUCUCUCCGUACCCAGCAACUUGGAGUCACCACUGAUGUACGAGGUGUCAGCGGCACAGGAGGGCAUUGCCAGCGGGAGCUUGAGAGGUGGCCUGGGGAGCUCCAUCACAGCCUGUAAGAAGGUUCUUUGCAGCAACAGCCUGCUCGAGUCUACAGACUACUGGCUACAGAAUCAGAGGACUCCCUGCCAGAUCGGUUUUGUGGAAGACAAGUCUGAAAACUGUGCUUCUGUUUGCUUCGUGAACCUGGAUGUGAACAAGGAUGCUUGCAGCACAGAGCACCUGCAGCAGAAACUGGUCAAUGUUUCACCAGAUCUUCCAAAACUCAUCAGCUCCAUGAACGUCCAACAGCCAAAAGAAAAUGAAAUCGUCCUUCUAAGUGGGUUAACAUCUGGAAAUCUCCAGGCAGAUUUUGAAGUUUCACAGUGCCCUUGGCUGCCAGAUAUCUGCUUGGUCCAGUGUGCAAGAGGGAAUAGGGCAAACAGUACCAACUGCAUCAUCUUUGAAAUCAACAAAUUUUUGAUCGGUCUUGAACUGGUGCAGGAGCGGCAGCUCCAUCUGGAAACAAAUAUCUUAAAAGUGGAGGAUGACACCAACUGCUCCCUGUCUUCAAUCGAGGAGGACUUUCUCACUGCCUCUGAGCACCUGGAGGAGGAAAACGAGGUGGAAGACCAUAGGAGCGGUUAUGAGAAUAUAAAUGUCUCGGCUAAUGUUUUGGAAAGUAAAAGGCCAAAGGAAGCCACUCAGGAGGAAUGGAACAACAAGGAAAAGUUGCUUUAUGCUCUGGAAGACAAAUAUAUUGGCAAAUACCAUCCAAUGACGAAGGCAGAAGGAUCGGUAGAAAAAGUAGAAGACACCCCUUUGCAGAGCCUCGGUGCAUCACCCGAGCCAUUGGAAUGGAAAGGUGAAGCUGUGCAGAAUAAGAGGCCAGCCACAAAUUAUUAUUAUUUAGAAAAUGUUAAAGGUCACGUGGAAAAAUCACAGGCACCAUAUAUUCCUGGGGAUGCUUACUUCUCCAGGAUGGUUAAGAACGGUGGGCCUCCCAUAUAUAGUGCCCUUGCUAAGCAUGACAACAGCUUGGAUCCAGGGGACCGUGAAGAUGGCACAAACUCCUUUCCUCCCAAACAGGAUGGAGAAGCCACUACUGGCGAGUAUGCUACAAAUUUAGCAGAAUCCGUGCUGCAAGAUGCAUUUAUUCGGUUGUCCCAGUCUCAGCCUACAUGGCCCCAAGAUUCCGCAGUCAGUGUUUCUGUCGGAAAUGCUCUGCUACCCAGUGGCUGUUCCACUAAAGGUAUGGUGGUCCCUCAGUCAUGGAACAAGCUCCCCAAAAUUGUCAUUGUUCAGAGUCCAGAUGGCAGUGAUGCUGCCCCUGAGGCGGGCAUUCCCUCCUGGUCUGAGGUGGAGGUCUCCGUCGAAACCUCAGGUGUCCUCUCUGGAGAGAACUCCAGCAGACACCCUCAGAGUGCUCUAGAAGUUGCACUGGCUUGCGCGGCCACUGUGAUUGGAACCAUUUCCAGUCCUCAGGCCACAGAAAGGCUCAAAAUGGAGCAAGAAUCUUUGGUUUCAACCCCUCCAGUGGGAGGCCCUGAACCACUGCAAACUCAAAUAUCCCAAGUACUCAAGGAGCCUUCCAUCAGUGAAUACUCCUUUCCAUCUGCUCUGUGUGGCAUGACUCAGGUGGCGAGUGCCGUUGCUGUGUGUGGCCUGGGUGAAACAGGAGAGGCGAAGGCUCCGAGUGGCCUCUCGUGUGCAGCUGAGGCCUGUGCAGCCGUCCCCCCGCUCUGCAGUCUGGCGACAGCGGGGAGCCUAAAGCUGGGAAAUGAGGCCAUUGCUUGGGCAUUGCUCAAGGAGGCUGCUCUGGUUUUAACAAGGCCUGGUCCCUGCAGCAGCAUUGGAGACCUCAUGGAAUCCAUGAGCAAGAGAAUCAUAGAAACUGCUUCAAAGCCUCAGGUCUUUGAAAAUGUCAGCUCAGAAAAUGUCCUCAAGAAUGAUCUGGCACAGACCCUGUCCAAUGUUAUCCUGAAGCAUUCCAUUGAUGAAGCUCACCAGAAAAACAAAAUACUUGAUCGCAACGACAGCAGGCAUUCACCUGAAACCCUCGACACCCUGAUGGAAAGUGCCAGUCAGCUGCUCUUCCGUGUGAUAUGCUUUACGUUCAAGAAGAUGAGUCAUUUUGUACAGCUUGGGGAAGGCCCUGCUGUCCUCGCUAAUGAGACCAUCAGCCGGACAGAAACGGAAUUAGGCUGCUGGCCACCUGACCAGGCUGGCAGUCUAGCCUGGACCAAAGCCAUUGAGUAUUCCAGCAGCUAUCCACUCAGCAAUCCACGCAGCGCUAGUCUUGUGAUCAAUGAUCUUGUAGAUGAGGUGUGUCCGAAGCAAGAUAGCAAGGGCCCAGCGAAGCCAGGCCUCUUCCAGAACCCCAUGCUGCAAUCUCAGUGGCCCUGUAGACCCAGAGAGCCUCAUUCUUCAACUGCUAAAACACCCCCCAGAGAAAUAGAUCAAAAAGCAACGGCAGGAGAAGACCCAACCGACCCUCAUCCGACGCGCUGGCACAGUGAGAAUGAGUACGGAGCCGCUUCGGAGGGAGAGUGCACACUGGCAGUGCGCAAGGGCAGCAGAGGCUCCCAGGACGCAGAGGACGGCGCCAGUGCAAACGCCCAGGAGAAGUAUAAUCGUGCCUCCCCUCUAAACAAUGAAGUUCAAGUGAACCUGUCAUUGUUAGGGAAUGACUCGCUGCUUCCUGCUCAACCUGAGCUACAGGCAAAACAGGCAGAUAUAUACUGCAUUACGGACUUCGCCGAAGAAUUAGCAGAGAUGAUUGUCUCCAUGGCAACUGAAAUCGCAGCAAUUUGCCUUGACAACUCAAAUGGAAAACAACCCUGGUUCUGUGCGUGGAAGAGAGGGAAUGAGUUUCCGGUUUCCCCGAACGUAUCCUGCCGGUCCUUGAAGAGGAAGAAGGAAAGCCAGACCGGUGGGGCCGCAGUGAGGAAGCACAAACCACCAAGACUCAGCGAGAUCAAGAGGAAAACUGAUGAGCACCCGGAGCUUAAGGAGAAGCUGAUGAACAGGGUCAUGGAUGAGUCGAUGAACCUUGAGGACGUCCCGGAUUCUGUCAGUAUUUUUGCAAACGAAGUGGCAGCCAAGAUCAUGAACCUAACAGAGUUCUCCAUGGUGGACGGCGUCUGGCAAACCCAGAGCCAUCCCCGGAACCGGUUACUCAGUGGAGACAGGUGGAACCGGCCGAAGGCCUCCAGCUGUGAAAGCAUCCCAGAGGAAGACUCGAAUGCCCAGGCUUAUGUAAACAGCCUGGGUUUAAUGAGUACCUUAAGUCAGCCAGUUAGCAGGGCCAGCUCUGUCUCCAAGCAGUCCAGCUGUGAGAGCAUCACUGAGGAGUUUUCCAGGUUCAUGGUGAACCAGAUGGAAAAUGAAGGAAGAGGGUUUGAGUUACUGCUGGAUUACUAUGCGGGCAAGAACGCCAGCAGCAUCCUGAACUCGGCCAUGCAACAGGCAUGUCGUAAAAAUGACCAUCUCAGUGUGAGGCCAAGCUGUCCCUCUAAGCAGUCCAGCACCGAGAGCAUAACCGAGGAGUUUUAUAGGUACAUGCUGAGGGACAUUGAAAGAGAAAGCAGAGACAGCACCUCCUCCAGACGAAGCAGCCAGGAUUGGACCGUUGGCUUAUUGUCACCUUCUCUGCGAUCCCCAUUGUGUUACAGACAGUCGUCCAUGCCAGAUAGCAGAUCCCUGGGGGCCAGGCUGACAGUGAAUGCACCCAUCAAAGCCAACUCUUUAGAUGGCUUCGCUCAAAACAGCCAGCAAGAUUUCCUAAGUGUACAUCCAGUCAGUAGCGCUUCCUCCUCGGGUCUCUGCAAAUCUGACUCUUGCUUGUAUUGGAGAGGUGGAACUGACCAAAUCACCAACAUGUUAAUUCACGAGACGUGGGCAAACUCAAUCAAAGCCCUCAUGCAGAAGAACAAAAUUAUAGUGGAUGAUGCCGAGGCAGCUGAGGUUGAUCCUGCCUCUGGUGGCUCUCCCAUGCAAAUGGAGAAAUGUGCAAACAGACCAGCUUCAAGCAGAGUGCAAAGUGGGCCAAGUCUUUUUGUUCAGGAGCCCAUUGAUAACCCAAGGAAAGGCUCCGUUACGGAAAGCAAACAGCCCUCAGCGUUGUCUCAGAGCAAAGCCGCUCCUCUUACAAACCACAACAGUUUAGAUUCUUUUAAAAAGGAAACUUCUUCGUGCUAUGGGACUAUGCCUGUAAACCGCACCAGGAGGUCACUUUGCUCAAGAGAAGUGCCUUUAAUUCACAUCGAAACGGAUCAGAGAGAGGAGUGUGUUGGCGAACCUGAACACUCCCCCUCUGAAACCGGGCCCCUACAAGAAGCAGAGGAGCAUUUGAAAGAUGAAAAUGUCCCAGAUGUGGUGAAGGGUGGAGACACUGCCGGGAGUGCCUGCCAGAACCCCAGUGACAGUCUUGAUGCCAGAGAGGUAACAGGGGCUGAAGUCUCAGCAGAAGGCAGAGCCCCCGAUGAGUUCCCCAACCUUUCCGGCAGCAGUGGGGAGAGCACGGACAGCUGGUCCCAGCUUGCCAAUGAGGAGGACAAUCCAGAUGACACCAGUAGCUUCCUGCAGCUCAGUGAGCGAUCCAUGAGAUGCAACCCAGGCUGGGUUUACAUGAGCAAUGGCAACAGUAGUGCCACUAGCAGUCUUGGCACUAUGGACCUGGACAUUUAUCAGGAAAGCAUGCCAUCUUCUCCCAUGAUUAAUGAAUUAGUAGAAGAAAAGGAGAUUCUUAAAGGACAGUCAGAAAACAUAGAGGAAGGUGCCUCUGGAGUGCCGGUGGGAGCGGCCAGUCCCCAGGGGAGCCUGCUGGUGAUCAACUUUGACCUGGAGCCAGAGUGUCCUGAUGCUGAACUUCGAGCCACGCUGCAGUGGAUAGCUGCAUCUGAACUUGGGAUUCCUACCAUCUACUUUAAGAAAUCUCAGGAAAACAGAAUCGAAAAGUUUUUAGAUGUCGUGCGGCUGGUUCAGCAGAAGUCCUGGAAAGUGGGAGAUAUCUUUCACGCAGUUGUUCAGUAUUGCAAAGUGCAUGAAGAGCAGAAGGAAGGGACCCCAAGUCUCUUUGACUGGCUCUUGGAACUGGGAUAAGACAGCUAUGCCCUUAGAGUAUCCCUUUCCAUUAUUCCAGCUUAGAUUACAGUGGUUUGCUCUAAAUGCUCUAAACUUUCUCAAAACAUCCAUCAUAUUGGCAGAGCUAUAAAAAAUCUGCUAUUCAAGUCCAUGGCACAUAGAAUAAAUCUGAGGAAAAGCAAUAGGUCUGUACAAAUCAAUACAACCUAUGAACGAGUUCAAAAGAGCUUGUAUUAGAAUGGCUGGAAAAACAAAAAUUUUAAUGGGCCCUAAACUAAAAGCUUACAACUAGGCCCAAAAUCCAGGAAAGCUGUUCUUAAAUAUUUUUAAUAAUAUAAAAUGGUGUGUAAUGUCUCCAACUAUGUGAUUCAACUGGAAGUCAAGUCACUAGUCAGUAUAAUUUUGUAAACUAUGAUGUAACCUUUAUUUUACUUUUUCAAGCUGAUAAUGGGGCUCUCAGCCCAGAUCAACACUUAAAAUAUGGGUGAGAAAUUUCCAGAAUUUUGAUACAAGGGAUUUUCACCAUCAGACCAGUAUCAGUGGAUAUUAACAGAAAAGCAAGAGUAUUAUUGAUGUCCUCUACUGAGGUGAUUUCAUUUUUUCACUGCAACUCACUGAUAAAUGCUCAACACCUCCCCAGCAAUAUCUGUGUUUCCAGCUAACCAGAAAACUCUUGGUUUUCAGUCGCGAGAGAGAAAGACUGAAGGUUGUCUUGUUUCUCUGUAUUACUUGCAUAACAUGUUCGCAGAAUUCUUACCAUAAGAAAAAACUUUCUUACCAAAAAAAAAAAAAAAAAGUCUUUUGAGAUAAAAUCUGCUUGUGUGUUAAAAUAUAUAAGAUAUAAACUUUCAUUUUAUUUUUAUUGUAAAUGAUAAAGAGAUUAUCUUAAAUAAUAUAUUGAGUUAUCUUAGAGGUUCAUAAAAUAUGAGGGGAUUAUAGUCUUAAGUGUCAUAUCUUGACAUGCAAGAUCAGUACUUUUAUUAUAAAUGUGUUGGUUCUAGUAUGGUAGACCUUACCUGGAUGAUAUUUUUGAUGACAGACACAGGAUUUGAUAUAACCCGUUAGGGUGAUACAUUCUUCCUGAUUCAAAGAUAUUGACAUUUAAUUGGGGAAGAAGAAAACCUUAUCAUAUUUAAUUUGUUUAAAUAACAGGGAUUUACUCUUCUGAAAAAUAAAAAGUAUCUAACUUCUCUUCUCCCUUCAACUAAAUGAGAUACCCUGGCUUUCAUUUCCUUGACCAAAGAAGGUAUUUACCAAGAUUCUCUGAAAUACCAUGCUUUUAUUCUAUUUUUUAAAAUUGUGAAGUAAUUUUAGAUGUGAAAAAGGCCCCAUGCCGUCAAUGCUGGCCUUAUGUGUCAUCCACAUCUUGAACUGUCAAGAAAGCUUCCUUGUAAGCCUUACUUCCCUCUUCACCACAUACUGAGGAAUCCUCCUCAGUACUCAUUAGACACUUAUUAUGUUACUAGUCCAAAUUUAGGAUAUGUGUUUAAUUUGUCACAUUAACAAGAUGUCAAAUUUUAAAACAUAUCCAUUAUCUCAAGCUGAAAGUUCUUUGUGCUACUAAAUGGAAAAGGAUCUAUUUAUUUUUAAACAAUCCCAGAAUAUUGUGUGUAGACGUUUGUUGUGCUCAAAUGAAUGUUUACUUAUCCUAAAAAGCACAAAUACUGGAUUGUAACCGUGUGAUAAAGUUAUAUACAUGUUGUACCUAAUGUUGCAAACUAAUCAAUAAAUUUUUGUUCCCGCA